UAAGAACGUGCAGUACCGGUAGCUGUUCACUAGAUGGUACUAUUGUAAGUAGACGUUUUAAGCCCCGUUGUCAUAGUGACAGUUACUGCUACUGAAACAAGGCCCUAUAUCGUGUUGCAGCCUGAGCACUGGGACGGUUUUCAGAAAUAGUUGUCAAAAAAGGUACAUACUUGAUGGAUUACAGUUCACCAGUUGUGGAGCAACAUGAGCUGGCAAACACCCUUAGUGCCAGCCCAGAGGCACUUGAAUUUCUUUACAGUAUUGGUCGGGAAGAGCUGGAUCUGUGCAUGUUCUCCGAUUCUUUAGUUUCUGUAUCAGAUUCUGGAAAGGACUUGGGGUCAUUCACAGUAAAUGUGCAGCCUGCCUACUAUGAAUUGGAAGGGGCUGAGGAACAGAAAUGCUUUCUUGUGCACGCUACCAGCCAAUGCACCGUCAAUGACACCCCCUGUGGAACCUCCAUCUUUGCUUACAUCUCACAUACGUUUGAAACACUGGAACAGCAUCACCAUGAGUCUUUAAAGCUGAAAGGACAUACAGUGGAUAAGAAGGUUCAUGUGAUACAAAAGGAUGAUAAGCUAAUUAUUAAUAAGACCAUAACUGAAGGAGAGAGAGUACAGAAGGAAACAAUUUCUCAUGACUUAAGUAAGAUGACAGGGUUAAUCUUGGAAGCCUCUAACUUGCUGGUCAUGCGACUUCUGGCUAGAAGGAAAAUUCCACAACAGAUGGUCUUUUUGACUUUUGAUGACGAGACAAACUUGUCUACUUCUACCUACAGAGAGCUGGGAAUGUGUACGCAAGUUAUUGGAAAAGAAGUUACAGAAGUUUAUGGCAUAGAAAGAACAAUUCAGUCUGAAGACAUUCUCACCGCAUGGCAGUGUUACUUCUUGAAUGACGGGCAUUUAGCUAGUCGAGUCCAGAUUGGAUCCCCCAUUAUUAUGAAGCUUACACAACUUCCGAUAUUAGCUGAAGCAGACGAAGCUGAUCCUAAACCUGUUUUUGGAAAGAAGGUCCUAGACUGGGAGGAGGACAUGCAAUUGCAUUCAGAAUUUUUAGGCAGAAAGGAAGAGCUUAUCUCAGACCACACAACGUACCUUCACCAACAUCCUGAAAUGAAGAUACUCCUGGCUGAUUUUAUGCAAUUCUUGCUUCUGCGGAAACCUGACGAUGUAGUUUCUUUUGCUGCAGAUUUUUUUGGAUCAUUCUCAUCAAUAAAGGAGAGAGAAGACACCUUCCGUUCUUCCCAUCUGUCUAGCCCAUUUCACAACCAUAAAAGACACUGCAAUCAGGAGUAAAUUUGAAUUACUCGUCUAUAUAAAGUCUUUUCCAAUGCAUUCCAGAGCUGCAAAUUGUCAUACAAUGUUCAUUAUCUCUAAAAGGGAGCAACAAAAAGACAAUAUUCUAUUUCUUUAUUUUAAAUAAAAAGCCCAAAAAUCAAAAGAAAAAACAUAUUUCAGACA